AUGUCGACCGCACAGUAUUUUCAAUCCCCCGGUCCCCUAGGGGAACUAUACGAGGCCACGGGUUUCUCCCACGCCGUCGUCUUGCCUGUCGGUGCCCAAUUAGUGAUCACCUCAGGGCAACCUGGCCUUAACCGCCAAAAGCGCGCGACGGCGACCGCAGCUGAGCAGAUUGAGGGAUGUUUCGACAACGUUGACACUGCACUGAAAGCAGCAGGUGUGACGGAAGGACUUUGGAAGGCACAUAAAAUCCAGUGUUUCUUGCUUGACGUCUCUCUAGAGCCCACCAUGAUGGAGAUCUGGAGGAGGAAGUGGCGAGGUCAUAGGCCAACAUGGGCCACUGUGGGAACAAGUGGACUAUGUGGACCGGGCAUGAUUAUAGAACUUAUUGCUGAGGCACAUAUUGUGCCAGAGAAGACUACCCAGCCUUAA